AUGAUGGCUAACAAGAAGCCCUUCACCAGUGCCAUCAUUGGGACACUGGUGGCACUCUCCAUCAUCGCCCUUGUUCUCAGCCUGGUGAAGGUUGAAGAUGUGACACUGCCACCCACAGUCAAGUAUGGGAUGGUGUUUGAUGCGGGCUCGUCCCACACCUCUCUGUUUGUCUACGAGUGGGAUUCAGACAAGGAGAACGACACUGGUGUGGUCAGCCAGACCUUGUCCUGUGAUGUCCAGGGGCCCGGCAUAUCAAGCUAUGCCUACGAUCCCCCUAGAGCCGGUGAUUCCCUAAGGGAAUGCUUGGAUAAAGCCCUGAAGGUUGUUCCUGCUGCGAAACAGAGGGAUGUCCCAGCUUAUCUUGGAGCAACAGCUGGCAUGAGGCUACUGAGGGAACAGAACAGUUCAGUAGCAGAUCAAGUCCUGGCCGAAGUCACUAAAACAAUGCAAGAGUACCCUGUGGAUUUCAAAGGGGCCCGAAUCCUUACGGGAGAGGAGGAGGGGGCUUAUGGCUGGAUCACCAUCAACUACCUGCUGGACUCCUUCACUAAGUUCUCUCCCAAAGCACACACGUGGCUCCGUCCAGAGGUGGCCAACAUUUUUGGGGCACUGGAUCUUGGAGGAGCAUCCACUCAAAUCAGCUUUAUGCCUAAAGGUUCAGUGCUAAACCAGAAUGAAGCUUCCAAGUUCACCCUGUAUGGGUACAACUACAACAUCUACACCCACAGCUACCUCUGCUACGGGCAGAACGAGAUGCUGAAGCGGCUGGCAAAGGAAUUAAUUGCGGCAUCAGCCCCCAGCACACGGGUCUACCACCCCUGCUACCCAAAGGGCUACAAUGAAACGGUCCGUCUGUCCGCCUUCCGCGCCAGCCCCUGCACCGACCGGAGCGACGCCCGCCUGCCUGUCGGUGACAGCACGGUGACCCUGGAGGGCAGGGGCAAUGCCAGCGGGUGCCUGGCAGCCGUCAGGGAGCUGUUCAACUUCUCGGCGUGCGGCCAGAGCCGGGACUGCACCUUCGACGGCGUCUACCAGCCCCCGCUCCGAGGGCAGUUCAUUGCCUUCUCUGCCUUUUACUACAACUUCAAGUUCCUCAACCUGACGGAGGGGCAGCCGCUGGCCACAGCCAGGGAGGCCAUCGAGCAGCUCUGCACAAGGAGCUGGGAAGAUCUAUCUUCCAGCUACCCUAAAGAGGAUCCCAAGCGACUGCCUAAAUACUGUGCCAAUGCCAACUACAUCCUCACACUCCUCCUCGACGCCUACAAGUUCAAUGAGACCAGCUGGAAAAACAUCUUCUUCCAGAUGAAGGCAGGGAGUGCUGACGUUGGCUGGACACUGGGGUACAUGCUGAACCUCACCAACAUGAUCCCGGCAGAGGCUCCAACCAGGGUGAAGGGGCACAUGCCUUCUCUGUGGGCUGCAGCCAUCACCUUCAUCAUCCUCACCCUUGUCUUGGGGCUCACUGCCCUGCUGCUGCUCCUGUGGGUGUAGAAGCCCAGCU